CUUGAGUCGGCAACUUGUUAAAAUGAUGACCAUACCGACGCAUUAGUUUACAGUGGAAAAUGCCUGGAAGUGACAUCCAGCAUGAAGCUCUCAGCGCUUGUGCUAAAUGGAGGGGCUUGCUGGUCAAUUCUUUGAAAAAAGUUGGAAGACAGGUUCAACCUUCCCUGAGCAUUUCUGGAGAUGCAGUCACCUAUUUGGAAGAGCUUAUUAUACAGUUGAUGUAUCUGAUCAGUGCAUCAUCUCCGCAUACAAUACAAGAUGUUGAAGACAGAGUAACAAAGACUUUCCCACAGAAGAUUAAAGAAUGGGCAAUUGCUUUUGCAAAAGGGAAAAGAAAGAAAGGCUUGAUACUCCCUCAUGAUAAAAUACACCCAUUUCUUUGCAAGGAAGUGCUCAGCUAUAAGGUGGAAAGCUACACAUCAACAUUUAUUGUUGCUAUAUUGGAAUAUAUAUCCUCUGAUAUUCUGAAGCUUGCAGGGAACUAUGUCAAGAAUAUUAGAAAUACUGAGAUAACCUGUCAAGAUAUCAAAGUUGCUAUGCAAGCAGACAAGGUUCUGCUAGAGAUGUUCCAUGGUGAUGAAUCUGAACCACUGAUUGAGGCCAGGUUUGAGCCUUUAGCAAAACGUGGCUCACUUUCAUAUGAAGACAUUCUCAAGGACUUUCUUAUUUCAGAAGAUCAGUACAUUAGAGAGCUAAACCUUCUGAUCAAGGUCUUUAUGCAGCAGUUGGUAGCUGUUGACGAAAUAUCUGAAGAGGACUUGAUAGGCAUAUUCAGCAACAUUAAGGAUAUUUACGAAACAACAAUAGGAUUCUACAGUAUGCUGGAAGCUGCCGUUGAAAUGGCGGAUGAGGACUCACUUUCCAAGAAGAGUCCUCUUGUUGGCGAUUGCUUUGAAGAAAUGGCAGAAGCCGCUGAAUUUGAUAUUUACGAGUAUUAUGCACUCGGAAUUUCGACCAAUGGCCAUGGGUUUUCUAAGCAUCUUUUCAUGAAAAUACAAGAGAUACUGAAACGGGCGAAUGUCAGGGAAACUUUAGAGCCUUCAAUGAAGUCAUACUUUCAGUACAUUUUGCCCAAGUUUCUGUACAUACCUGUUUUUCAUUGCUUGGAGUAUUUUGAAUACAUGAACUUAUUAAUGAACACAUCUCCGAAUGAAGAAGACAGAGAGAAGCUAGAUGAGUCUCUUGGAGCCUUGCGUGGUCUUCAGGUAUCAUUAGAAAGAAUUGGAUCAGGAAAUUCCUUCAAAACCAAAGCUGAAGACCGGAUUUUUUAUCAAAGACGGAUCGGAGGAAUGUCGACCUCGCCAACUUCUAAACUUAAUGAAAUUCAGAAGAACAUCGAUGGCUGGGAGGGAAAGGACAUUUGUCAAUGUACAUCAGAAUUCCUGAAAGAGGGUCCGCUCUGGAAGAUAGUUCCAGGUGGCAAAAAGGGUGCUACCGACCGCUUUAUGUUUCUGUUUGAUAGUCUUUUAGUUUUGACAAAGCAGAACGCAAGGCAUUCUCUGCCUGGCUUAACGGGAGCUGAAUACAGGCUGAAGGAGAAGUUUUUUCUUAGGAAAGUUGAGAUAAAAGACUUAGAAGACUCUGACGAGUAUACCAAUGCAUUUGAGAUCUUACCAAAGGAGCAGCCUCCUUGUGUAAUGUUUUGCAAGACAGGAGAAGAAAAGAAUGAGUGGAUGGCAAUUUUGCUAACCUUGCUGUACAGAAGCACAUUGGAUCGUAUGCUUGAUGCAAUCUUGGUUAGUGAGGGGCAACUUUCACAAAAUCAAUGGAAAAUUCCAGACCAAUAUUGUUUUGCCGUUGAAGAUUCGGAUGGAAAUAUAGUAUUUGAAGAAGGACAGGAAGAUCGAGCUGUCCCUGUGCUCAAAGGUGGGACAUUACUGAAGCUGAUCGAGAGAUUGACGUACCAUAAAUAUGCAGAUCCCACUUUUGUGAGAAUAUUUUUAACCACUUAUCGAUCUUUCUGCACGCCGAUGGAAUUUCUUGAUUUUCUGGUGAAAAGGUAUGAAAUUCCCGAGCCAUUAUUGACGGAAAAAGAGCAAAUGGUGUCGCAAAGAGGCCAUGCUGUUGUAAGAGAAGAUUUAAAGAGAUUUAGAAAGGAAUAUGUACAGCCAGUCCAGCUCAGGGUCUUGAAUGUCAUCCGGCAAUGGGUGGACCAGCAUUUCUACGACUUUGAGCGGGAAGAGGGUCUACUUGAAAAACUUGAAGAUUUUUUCAGUCGAAUUCGAAGAUCGAAGGCUGCGAAGAAAUGGGUCGAAUCGAUUGACAAAAUUAUCCAUAGAAGGAAAGAGGCCACGACAUUUAGUCCAGAACACAGCUUUUCGAGUCCAACCCCUCCGCUCGAAUGGCAUCUCACGACCGAUCCUGAAAAAUUCGACAUUUUGACAUUACAUCCGCUGGAAAUCGGACGACAAUUGACGCUCAUCGAAUCCGACAUGUUCAGAUCAAUCAAAGCUGCUGAACUUGUUGGUGUUGCUUGGACGAAAAAGGACAAAGAAAUCUUAUCUCCGAAUGCUCUAAAAAUGAUCCGUUUUUCGAACAAAAUCACCUACUGGUUUGAAAAGAGUAUAAUUGAUACCAAAAACUUUGAAGAAAGAGUGUCUGUUGUAACAAGAAUUAUAGAGAUUUUGUUGGUUUUUCAAGACUUGAACAAUUUCAACGGCAUGAUGGAGGUGGUUAGUGCUCUCAACUCAGCACCUGUUCACCGGCUGCAUCUAACGUUCGCUGAAGUUCCUCCCAAGAGAUUGCAAGCACUUGAAGAAGCGAAAGAGUUGGCUGACACCCACAGUAAGCGAUAUGUUGAGAAGCUCAGGUCAAUAAAUCCUCCUUGUGUUCCAUUCUUAGGUAUGUAUUUGACAAACAUACUGAAGAUAGAGGAAGGGAAUUCAGAUUUUAUACCAAACCGAGAAGAGGGAAUUAUAAACUUUACCAAAAGACGAAUGGUUGCUGAUAUAACAGGCGAGAUUCAACAGUAUCAGAAUCAACCUUACAAUCUACAAACAGAACUAACUAUUCGGGCCUUUUUCGAAGAUUUGAAUCCGAUGUGUGACAUGUCUGAGAAAGAGGUCAAUGACAUUCUUUAUGAUGGUUCGUUGCAAAUUGAACCAAGAGGAUCAAAACAAGCUCCAAAAUUUGCACGAAAGACAGAGACGUCUUUGAAAUCUCCUGGUAUAAAGUCAAAAACAAGCACCGGAGGCAGAAAGAUUUCCUUGUCAACAUCAAGUUCAGAUUCAUUCGAGAUCAUUGGUUCGCCUCAGAGGCGACCAGGUGGCUCACUGUCGUUAUCGGAAAUCUCUGAAAAUGAAGAGAGCAUCCAAAAUGGUGGAAGCCCUGAUAAGAGCUUUUCAACUCCUGAGCCAAUCAAAGAGACUCCUGAAGAGGAAGUUUCACCACCUCCUAGGGUGCCCCCUCGUAAGCCGUCAGUGGACAUUGACAACUUGUCAGGAAAUUCGAAAUUGUGGGAGGCCUACGAUAAAGAUGCUCAAAGACCCCCUAUUCUUCCACCACGCCCCGCCAGAUCGAAAUCUUUAAGGACAGCACAGUCCCCUGAACCCCUUCUGCCAGGAACACCUAUAAGAAGGGCAUUUCCUCCCCCGCCACUUUCGCCAGUCAUAGAUGAUAGCGCGCCGCCUAUUCCUCCCCGCCCACCAAGAACUCCGUUGACAGCCACACCAGAUGUUUUUGAGAGGUUCAGUCUUCCGCCUCCUGGCACGCCGCCACCAGUUAUUCCUCCUAAGCCAAGUAAAGUGGAACAAUAAAAAAGUUUCAGGUAUCAAAUCUGUUGGCAGCACAUCGUACCUUAUGAUGAAGAUUUUUGAGACAGAUAGCCGCUUAAAUAUCCCUUCUUGUGUCUUUCAGUGGUCUUUGCAGAAAUAAUGCCAUAAUACUUACCUCCUUGGUUACACAUCUAGGAAUUUUUUGAUCAGAUUGAUCAACAAGGUGCCAAUUUAAAUACCAACAGAGACUUGUUAUCCAAAUGUAUUUGUGUACUCGUCUUCUACAUUUUGCAAGCCAAGCUGCUUUUUGCAUUUUUAUUCAAAAUGAUAAUUCCUAUUCUUAAAAACUUGGCAAAUAAUAAUUUCGUAGUGAUGUUCAAGAAUUUUUACUAAAUAAUUUAAGAUUAUAAAAUGGUAAAACAGUUUCCGCAACUACCCUUGUAAGCUUUCUUUCCAAAUUCCCCGCCCUUCUUAGAUUUAAUGAACGUUAAUUUUACCUCUUUUUCACUUAAGUUUUGGCUUUGGUAUAAUAUUCGCCAGACUAAAUAUUCGUAUAGUUAAUUUGCAUAUUAAUUUUGUAUCAACUUUUCUACUUCCCUUGGGAAUAUUCUUCCAUUUCUUUUGAAAAGGAAGCACUAAACUGUUAUUAAAGACCUUUGCUGAUUAUCACAAAUCAGGGGAAAUUCAAGGUUUAAUUCAAGACCAUGUACAAACAUUUUUAUAAGUUUCAAUAUUUUUGCAGAUCCGAGAGUAAUAAAUGUUAUAUUUUGUAGUUCAGAGUGACUUUGAGGUAUUUUACAGAAUUGUGUAUUUUUAAAAUGGAAUCCUGUACUAUUUUAAACUAAAUUAGUGUGUGAUGUAAAUUGUGCGACUAUUGUUAUGUAGAUAGCUAAUAAUACCAAAUCGUUCGAAGUUCAAUGCUAUUAGCGAGCGGACAGUGUUCUGGACUAUCAAUAUAACCCUUUUUAUUUCAUGUCAGUGAUUUAUGAAUAUUAUUAAGAACUUUUUUCC